UGACAAACCACUACCGCCACUUGAGCCUGAGAUGCACGCUGCCAGCACGUUUCCUUGAGCCACACUAUAGCUCUGUCCACGCUGGUUUUCUAUAUAAAUCACCCUUAUUUUUCAUUUCUCUCUCUUUUUCUCUGUCUGUCUCUCACCGUUUGACGAUAUACUUUUGAGUCAACGACAAACAGCAUUGGUUAUCUACUACAUCACAAUCUGUAUCAAUUUCCGUUUAAUAACUGUAUUUCAUGUCCACGAUCCUCUCCAGCUCGGAAACGACAAACAAUUCGCCGACUCCGAUCAGUCCUUUCUCCAAUUAUUCAGCUGCUAGUGACGCAACUUCAGAUGAGUCACCCGACCUCGGGGCUUUCACCACUGUCUUUAGGGCCCUCAAUCACCUUCAGCCACUCGUGCCUCCUCGAGGGGGUGCCCACCUCUACACAGAGCUUGAUACACCCUCUACUGACCCCGGCCCGCCCUCUUCACUUCCGACGGACUCGGAGUUCAUAGAAGGCUCUACAGUAUGGAACCAGAGCAUGCUAGCGUCUUAUCUCGCAUCCUCGAGCUCCUCACACACACGCUCGACGUUGACCAGCAUGACCGCAAGCCCGCACCUUCCGAAUCCCGACAACAACUUUGACGACUCUGGAGAGGAGACGGAAGGCGAGCUUGAACCGCUCACGUUCACGUUCACGACACCUAGUCGAUCAGAGUCUCAUAAUUCGGAUGCGGAUCUGAGUCACGGUCAUUCACUUUCUGAUGGCGAUAUUGACUUAGGGGACCAACCCAGUCUUGGUAACCUCGGUGGCGCGUUUUCCUUUCUUGCUGCAGAGCGUGCUAGAAUUGCUGCCCGUGAUCGUGGCACAGGCAAAGAUAGCUCCACGAGCGAUGGCGCUUGGAGAAACGAGGCAGAACCUCGCCGCACACGAAAGCGUAGAAGAAAAAAGGCGAGGGUAAUCCAACUCCUGCAGCGAGAUGUGGAACAGGAGAGCACGAGUCACACCACGGGAACCAGCACAGUACUGGGCGUAUUUGGGACAACCGACGUUAUUGCUGUCUCCUCGAACCCAGAGCCCGAACCUGAGACAGAGGAGUCGUUGUCUUCUGGCGAUAAUGCUGCUGUCACUAUUCCUUCGACGCCUGCACACAGGUCUUCGUUAGAUAGGCUGCGCCACAGUCAUUCUACCCCAUCAUUGCAUCUAUCGCAGAUACCCACCAAUCCUCAAAUUCUUAAGUUACGUUGCCUUGCCCAUAAGCUACGACUCAAAUUCCCGGAGGACUACGACCGCAUUACGGCGUUACUCACGCAGGACUUUAGCGGUGCCGAUUCCGACUUCUCGGACCCUAGGGGUCCAGCACCACGACCUAGAGACUCUUUGAUUCAUGUUUUUAUUGACCACUCAAACAUCCUCAUCGGUUUCUUAACCUAUGCCCGCCGUCACGCCUCUCACUCGGGUAGAAAGCGACGCCUCUCCCACGCAGCCCUCGCGCUCCUCCUUGAACGCGGACGCCCCAUUACGCGGCGUUGCCUAGCCACUUCCUCCCCGCUGUAUCAACCAACAGACACAGCCGAACAACUCGGGUACGAAGUCUGCAUUUUUGUGCGCGUGCCAGACGGUGGGAAUGGGCAGUACCGUCGUCCACCAAGUGCCAACACCAAUGCAGAAUCAUGGCGCAAGGGACACGGGCGAGCGUCAUCGGACUCUGACAAAGGCGUAGGUGGAAGCGGAGGCACAGGCUUGACUGCGUCUGGGAGCGGCGGCCGUAAUGGACGCGUCCGCUACCGAGAGCAGGGCGUCGAUGAGCUGUUGCAGCUGAAGCUGCAUCAGGCGAUCGCGGAUGUAGAUGUGCCCCGCCCGGGUGCAACGAUAGUGCUAGCAACGGGUGAUGGGAACGUCGGGCAGUUCAGCGACCAGGGCUUCCUUGGUCCUGUGCGAAUUGCACUGAAGAAGGGGUGGCGCGUGGAGCUAUACGCAUGGGAGGAGGGCCUGAGCCGUGCGUGGAAGAAGGAGUUUGGGGAGGGUACGCCGUGGAAGGAUAGGUUCCGCAUUAUCAAGAUGGAGGAUUUCGGGGAGGACUUAUUGGAGGUCGAAUAGGGGCGGUGAGCGGUGCUGUCUAUGUUUAAUUGUUUUGUUGAGAUGUAUAUUCUUUUAUUGUUGUGCAUGUUGAGGGUGCUAUUUUACGGGGGGCCAGCUGACCAGUGAUAAGUUUUUUAUCUCGGUCUGUAGCCAGCAUUCACAAUUUAUAUCUCAAGCAGCUACGAGCUACUGUUAUCAUAGGUUAUG